AUGACAUCUCAGCAAGAGAGUGAAUUUCUGGCAGCCACUCAUUGCCAUAUCUGCGAGCAGCGCUUCUCCCUCGAUGAUAAGAAAGUUCGGGACCACGACCACCUCACUCCAGAUAAUAACUACAGAGGGGCAGCUCAUGAAGGGUGCAACAUUAAUUACAAAGAUGCUCAUACUAUCCCAGUAAUAUUUCAUAACCUUAGCGGAUAUGACGCCCAUUUCAUUGUUAAUGAUAUUGCUUCACAUAUCAAAGGCCCCGUAGAUCUUCUUCCUAUUACUAAGGAAAAAUAUAUCUCUUUUACGAAACACAUUGAUGAUGCACGAAUUAAAUUCCGUUUUGUCGAUAGUUUUCGAUUCAUGGCUUCUUCUCUCGAUAAGCUCUCUUCUUAUUUGAUAAAAUAUCCUAAUCUCCGCUCCCAAUAUACUUCGCUUCCUGAGGAGAAUUUCUAUCUUCUAACUAAGAAAGGAAUCAUGCCAUAUGAUUAUAUUGAUUCAUUUACAAAAUUUAGUGACACGUCUCUACCUCCUAUCGAGUCUUUUUACAAUAAACUUGAGGAUAAACCAUGUCCUCGUCGGCAUUAUCGUAGAGCUCAAGAUGUCUGGUCGUCAUUCUCCUGUUCCACUCUCGGUGAUUAUAUAGAUUUAUACAUGAAAACAGACAUUCUUCUUCUUGCAGACGUCUUUGAGCAAUUUCGAUCCAGUUGUCUCAAAACAUAUAAUCUUGACCCAGCUCAUUACUUUACUCUUCCCGGCUUCACGUGGGAUGCAAUGCUUAAGCACACAAAACAGGAACUGGAGCUCUUAACAGAUCCAGAUAUGUUUUUGUUUGUGGAGCGUGGUAUUCGCGGUGGUUUGAGUCAAGUAUGCUCGAAACGCCGCGUUCACGCCAACAACAAGUAUAUGGCAUCUUACGAUCCUUCAAAGCCCGACUCCUAUCUGAUGUAUUUCGAUGUAAAUAAUCAAUAUGGUUGGGCAAUGUCUCAAUUCCUUCCGUAUGGAGGGUUCGAGUGGGUCGAUGCCAACAUUGAUAUUCUAAGUAUUCCAGACGAUGCUUCUGAAGGGUAUUUUCUCGAGGUUGAUCUGGAGUACCCCCAACAUAUCCACGAUCGUCAUAAAGAUCUUCCGUUUUGCCCCCAAUCAUUAAACCCUAAAACUAUGCUUCCUCCUAAACGACCGCGAGAGCAAACCAAAUUAAUGGCUACCGUUCAUGAUAAAGAAAGAUACGUAAUUCAUUACAGGGCCUUGAAGCAAGCGCUAGCACACGGAUUGGUGCUCAAAAAGAUUCACCGAGCCCUGAAAUUUAAGCAGUCUUCUUGGCUAAAGAGGUAUAUUGACCUGAAUACAAAUCUUCGGAAGGCAGCGAAAAAUGAAUUUGAGAAAAAUCUCUUCAAGCUUAUGAACAAUGCUGUGUUCGGCAAGACCAUGGAGAAUGUGCGCAAGCGCGUUGAUAUUAAAUUGCUUACUGAAUGGGAGGGUCGUUACGGAGCUGCAGCUAGAAUAAGCAGUCCCCUGUUUAAGAAUGCUACUAUUUUUAAUGAAAGCUUGGUAGCUGUCGAGAUGCAUAGAGCAGAAAUAUGGUUAGAUAAACCAAUAUAUGUGGGCAUGAGUAUAUUGGAUUUGGCUAAAACCACGAUCUACGAUUUUCACUAUGGGUAUUUAGAUAGAAGGUUUGGUGAGAACUUUACGACUUGCUAUACAGAUACUGAUAGUGUGAUCGUGGAGAUACGGGGAAAAGAUCCCUAUGAGGCUAUGAAAACAGACUGCCAUCAGCACUUUGACACGUCUGACUAUCCUAAAGAUAAUAGUUAUGGCAUUCCUCAGGUUAACAAGAAGGUGUUGGGUAUGAUGAAGGAUGAGAAUAAUGGAUGCAUCAUGACUGACUACAUAGGGCUCCGAUCUAAAUUAUAUACGACAAAAGUAGCUAUCACAGAUAAUGACAUCAAAAAAAGGAGGAUGAAGUUGUUAGAUCAGGAAUAUGAGGACGAUGAGAUUGAAAUCAUUAUUAGAAAUUAUGGUGUGACAAAGAAGGCGAAGGGGGUUAAGAAAUCUGUUGUAAACACUAAAAUUACCUUCGAGGACUAUGUCGAGUGUUUAGAUACCUUUACAACAAAGACAGCCUCGCAGAAUCUAAUACGCUCAGAUAAGCAUCAUGUUUAUACCAUAACACAAAGCAAGAUUGCGCUCAGCCCCAAUGAUGAUAAAAGAUAUCACCUUCCUGAGUCUUAUGAUACGCUUCCGUGGGGGCACUAUUUAAUUAAUAAUCUUGAGAUGGAUGUUGAUUAG